AUUUGAAUAAUUUUUCUUAAUUAUUUGUGUUUGUUUUAGGGUGUUAUUGUGGUUCUACAAUAUAAUGCCCAUUGUAACAAUUGUAUACGUCAAAUGAAGAAAUGUUGCCAGAAUAUGAAAGGAGUAAUCAGUGCAGAAAUUGACAAGGAAGUUCCUGAACUGAUAACGGUAAAGGGAGUUUUUGAAGUGAAAAAGCUUUUGGCUCACAUCAGAAAAGGAGUCGAGAAAAUUGUCACCGUCAUCAAAGAAGAACCCGCCACUGCCGGAAGCAGCACCGCCGUCGGAGGAGAAGAACAAAGAGAGGCUGCUGGAGAAGGGAGUAGCCGUGGAGCUAACCACGAGAUAGAAGCAGAAGAAGAAAAAGAAGAAGAAGACGACGGAGAUGGAGAGAUAAGAGUUAUAUAUAAUCCGUAAAAGAAAUAGAUUUUAUAAUAGAUACAAAUUCUAUAAAUGUUUAUCAAUGACACUUUUACCGUUUCUGUCGAUGUAACAAAAUUUUAUAUAUCAUUGAUAGAUACGAAUUCUAUAAA